AUGAAACUUUUCGGAAUCAACAAAAUUAUGGGCCACUGCCGGAGCUCGGACCAGAAGCGGAUUGAAGCUGGCCAUCUGGAUGAUAAGGGUAGCCAGUCGGAGAGUUCUCAAGACAACAGACAAGGAGACCCUGACUCCGCGACAUCCCACAAUCGGCCGCAUCCUUGUCCUGCCCCCAAAAAGCCGUGUCCCAAUGAUGAUACCCCGUCGGGCGACAACUUGUAUAUCCUGAAGAACUGCGAUCAUUGUGCGGACUUUACGAUUGGACCCUGCAAGAAAUGUCGGUGUCCUCGUAGGCCGGAAUGUUCCGGGCAAUGCAAACCUAUGCAUAAACCAGUCUCCCAGGAAAGCAUGUCGCCUGAGGAGCGCACUUCUGUGGAAACAUCGGCGAGCGCACCGGCGAUGGAGCCCUCCCGCCAUGUGGGUGGAAACUGUGGACCGCAGGUCUGUCAGGUCUGCAGGCAGCAGGAAGUCACUGAUCAGGGCACAUGCAUGUGCACCCAAUGUAAUGCCAAGAUCCAGCAAGCUGUCGACGAGGUCUAUGAACAGUGUCAGGGGCAGUGUCAAAGGGGAGGCCAACCCGGCCAGCAGGGAGGUCAGUGGCAGCAGCAACAGCCGCUGCAGCAGCAGCAGUUCAAUCAAGGAGGAUUGCUGGCAAAUGACAAGAAUGGCCUUCCCUACAACAUAAUUGUGGUCCAGGACUGCGAUAAUCAGGCAUUUAUGGAUCAGCUCACUUCGGCCAUUGCGCGCGGAGGACCCCAGAUGGGAGGACCACAGAUGGGGGGACCCCAAAUGGGUGCACCACAGAGGUGGAAUCCGCCAAAUGGUGGCUUCCAAAAUGUAGGUGGCGUGGUGGACUAUCAGUAUAUAGACAUGAAUGCACGUGGUGGAUACGACAAUCCCAGGGACGGAGGUUACGACUACGGCUACGACAUGGGCCAGGCGCCAAUGGAGCCGUACAUGUCCGAUUAUGACGACAGGUAUUCAGGACGCGACGCUAGAAGUCCCAGGUCACGCGGAUGCAAUCGCAACACUUGUCCGCGAAGGUCGCAAUCGAACCAGUUUUCGGUUGGGGGACGAAAUGAGGAUGCCACGACCUGUACUUGCAACUGCCCGAUAUGCCGCAAGGGAUUCGAGACGAAGGAAAAGCUAGCCAUGUUGAUAGCCCAGGCCCUGGAGAUCUUCAUCACGGGAUAUCAGGCCAAGCAAACGGCGGUGAAGGACCCUAAGGACAAAAAGGAUAAAAAGGACAAGAAGGACAAGAAAAAGAACAAAAAGAAAAAGGGCAAAGGGAUGAACGAGAAGCCCCCCAAGGGAUUACCCAGAUCGAGAUCAGGGGGUAAGGCGGAAUCUGAUCCAUCUUCUCCAGCAGGUUCCAUGCAGAGCUUACCACAAGACAAGAGCAAAUUCCCUAACUUUGCUCCUCCUUCCAAGGAUCCAAAUCAUCAUAGCAGGGACAACGGUGAUUCGGUGGAAAAUCGCAUCAAUCAAGGGUUCAAAACCUCCAAUAACCGCGUUAGUCACGGCUCCAAUGAGAAGAAUAACUCCUUUCCCUCGGCCAAUAACUCCCAGAAAUCGGAUCGCAUCAGUCAGGGGUCGAAGGGAUCCCAAAAGUCGCAAAGGUCCCAGAGCGGCCAGCCCCCAAUGGAUGACUUCUUUCUGCCCAAUUGCACGGAGCAUCGUUGCAAGUACAAUUGCGGCGGCCUCUGCUCCCGACCGCCACACAACUGCGGCAAAUCCUGCAAGGGCCACUGCCGAGGUCCCUGCUCCAUUUACAAGUCCGGAGCCGGUGAUGGGCGCAGUCGCAGCAAGAACCGUGUCCCACAACUGCCCACCCAUCGACAUUCCCGCUGCGAGCAGUGCAACAAGAUCGAAGGUCGUCAGUGGCAAGAUGUGGACUCCUGCCCUAAGGGCCCCGGCUCCGGCACCAAGUCGGGCACUGGCUGUUGCGGUGGAACCCAGGAUAGACACGAAGGUGGUGGCAGUGGGCGUAACCGAAAGACCCUAAUGGGACUCAGUCCCAUUGCCCACUAUCGACCCGGAAUGUUGCAGUUUCCCGUCAAUUAUCUGCUGGCUGGCACUCAAUUCCGGCGCAGACUAUCCCGUACCGCCGCCGGAGUAACGCUUCAUCAAAGGCCCUAUGUGGAUGAGGCGGAUGUUAAGGAUCUGCCGAGUUUCCCAUUGAAACGGCAGGAGAGCACCAUUGAAACGCCGGUGCCCCCCAAGAAAUGGCUUUGAGCUCCAGAGCGCGCCUUCGGAAGUUAUGCAUUGUAUGUCAUCGAAGAGCUAUCGUAUGUCUUCGAUCGGUAUAGUGCAUAAGUUCGGCCAGUCGCGUAGUGGUUUAUAGUUUUAGUGCUCCAAAAAUUUCCAGUAUCAUAGAUGAAAUAGUUUUUAGUAAUUCUCAUGUGCAAUAAACCAGUUCAAAUAAAUGCAACAAAUACAUACAUAAA